AAUAGCUUCAUUGCAAUGCAGUACACGCCGGAGAUCUACUACAAUGCCGAUCAAAAAAUAUGGAGUGGUAAAGAACAGCCUGCAUAUUUUUCAACAAAUUUAUCAAUAGGCGAGAUCAUUUUCCACGAAAUGCAACGCCAUCCAAAGUUAAUAGCGCAAAUUUCCGAUACAGAAAAUACCUCCCUGAGUUGGGAAGAACUUUUCUUGAAUUCCAAACGCGUGGCCAGCUACUUGAGAAACUUGAAACUAGAGCAAUCGGAUAUAGUUGGCAUUAUAGCUAGAAACACUACACAUAUAUCUGCUGUGGCCUAUGGCUGCUUCUUUAACGGCAUUGCCUUUCAUUCCGUUUACUUAAAUUACGAGCAAGGAGUGAUUGAAAAACUGUUUGACAUCACUAAACCCAAGAUUAUCUUUUGCGAUGGCGACGAAUAUGAGAAGGUGAAAGCUGCAACAGAGAAGUUAAAUGUAAAGAUUGUUACAAUGCGGAAUCACAGGGAUGGUUCUAUAAGCAUUCAAGAGGUGCUGACUACACCGAUUGAACCGAACUUUAAGCCGGCACGUCUGGAACAGGGAAACAAUCAAAAUUUGGCAAUACUUUGCACUUCAGGCACUACGGGAACUCCUAAGGCAGUGACUAUACCCAAUACUACCGUAAUGGUGAACAUGUGUUCUUUCGUAACCAGUUCGGAUGUACUGUAUGUACAGGGCUCUUUGGAAUGGCUGUCGGGACUUGUAAUUACCAUUCUAUCUGGAAUACGCAGUGCUCUUCGAAUAAUAUCUGACAAAAAUUUCAGUCCUGCGGAUAUAUUGCGACUUGUAAAAAAGCACAAGGUGACUUUUAUAAUUCAAGCUUCUGCCCAAAUGGCACAGAUAGCUAACUGCCCCGAAUUUGAGGGGGAUUGCCUGGACAGCUUACUGUACUGUCUGUAUGGCGCUGCUAACUGUUCUAUCAAAGUUCAACAGAGCUUUCGCCGUCGCCUUUCUUCAAAGUGCAUCUUAAUUUUGGGAUAUGGUCUCACCGAGUUGGGUGCCAUGGCAUCUUUUAAUUAUCACUUUGACCAGAAACCAAAUUCGUCGGGACGCUUGGGGUGCGGUAACAAAUUGAAAAUACUCAAUGAGCAGGGAGAAUCUCUAGGUCCCAAUGAGGUAGGUGAGGUGUGUUUAGACACCGGGAGGUAUUGGGCUGGGUAUUACGGAAAUCCUGAGGAAACUCGAAAAAUUCGAGACAAUAACAUGUGGUAUCACACGGGAGAUUUGGGCUACGUAGAUGAGGAUGGCUUUCUCUUCAUUGUGGAUCGCAAAAAGGAUAUGCUCAAGUACCAGAGCAUCAUGUAUUAUCCUCAAGAAAUAGAAAAUGUAAUAGCCCAAAUACCUGAGAUUUCUGAAGUCUGUGUCUUCGGCAACAUAAAUAUAUUCAAUGGAGACGAAGCUGCUGCUGCAGUUGUCAAGAAACAUGGAGCCCAGCUAAAGCCCCAGGAUGUUAUUGACUAUGUGGCAAAGCAUGUCAAAGCCACUUACUUGCAGUUGACUGGAGGAGUCUUUAUAGUGGAUGAUCUGAAGCGUACGGCAAGUGGAAAAACGGAUCGACGUGCCACAAGGGCUUAUUGCUUGCAAAAUGAUACAGAUAAACUAAUCUAAUUAAGAAAUAAGUGUUGGUCCAGAGAAAUGUAAAAUAAAUUGUUGAUAGUCCUGAAA